AUGGAAAUGAGAGAAUUAUUAUCACAAUACGGUUUUGAUGGUGACAACACUCCAGUUGUUAUGGGUUCUGCUUUAUGUGCUUUAGAAGGUAGACAACCAGAAAUUGGUGUUCAAGCCAUUGAAAAGUUAUUAGACCAUGUUGAUGAAUACAUUCCAACUCCACAACGUGAUUUGGAACAACCAUUCUUGUUACCAGUUGAAGAUGUCUUCUCUAUUUCUGGUAGAGGUACUGUCGUCACCGGUAGAGUUGAAAGAGGUACUUUAAAGAAGGGUGAAGAAAUCGAAAUUGUCGGUAACUUCAACAAGACUUUCAAGGCCACUGUUACUGGUAUUGAAAUGUUUAAGAAGGAAUUAGAUGCUGCUAUGGCUGGUGACAAUGCCGGUAUUUUAUUAAGAGGUGUUAAGAGAGACGAAGUUAACCGUGGUAUGGUUUUAGCUAAGCCAGGUACCGUCACUUCCCACAAGAAGGUCUUAGCUUCUUUGUACAUUUUAAGUAAGGAAGAAGGUGGUCGUCACUCCUCAUUCGGUGAAAACUACAAGCCACAAUUGUUCCUUAGAACCACUGAUGUCACCGGUACUUUAAGAUUCCCAGAAGGUGCUGACCACUCUCAAAUGGUCAUGCCAGGUGACAACAUUGAAAUGGAAAUCGAAUUAGUUAGAAAGACCCCAAUUGAAGUCAACCAACGUUUCAACAUCAGAGAAGGUGGUAAGACCGUUGGUACUGGUUUAGUCACCAGAAUUGUUGAGUAA